AUGGUUCUUGUUGUAGGCAUUAUUUGGAUGUUACUAAUUCUUGGUGUGUUUUUAUUUCAUAUUUGGACUUGCCAAUCUUCUGUCGUUAUCUUUUCAGCUCUUUGUAACAAAGACGGCAAGGUUUUUGGCAUGCUAAACUCAAUGGGACUUGUGAAACUUCCACAUCGUUGUCCCAUCCCUGUUGCUGAUGACCCCAAUAAAAUAGUUCUUCCCACGAGAAAAUCUCCUGAAAAAAUAGUCCGAAAUCUAUCCUACACUAUGCGGGACAAUAUCACAAGUAAUGGAUCUCAGUCAGCAUCCCUAUUUGGGGGUCAUCAGACCUGGCAGCAAAGAGAGGAGAGCUUUAAAGUGAAACCAACCAUGAAGGUGCACUGUGGUUUUAUGCAAGGUGGUGGUGCAGAAAUGAAUCUGAAAGAUAUCAAAUACGUGAAGAAAUGUCGAUUUGUAGUUGCAUCUGGCAUUUUUGAUGGUUAUGAUAUGCCUCAUCAGCCUUCAAAUAUUAGUAAACGUUCAGAGAGGCUAUUUUGUUUUCUUAUGGUAGUCGAUGAAGUUUCUCUAGACUUCAUCAAGAAUAACGUAACAGUCGGAGAAGAUGAUGAUGGAGGGCAAUGGGUGGGUAUCUGGCGAUUGAUUCUGCUUAAGCAUCAACCUUAUGAUGAGCCUAGAAGGAACGGAAAGGUUCCAAAAAUAUUAACCCAUAGGUUAUUUCCUCAAGCUCAGUACAGCAUCUGGAUUGAUGGUAAAAUGGAGCUUAUAGUUGACCCAUUGCUUUUGCUGGAAAGAUAUUUAUGGCGCGGGAAGCACACCUUUGCCAUUGCUCAGCAUAAACAUCACCGCAAUAUAUAUGAAGAGGCUGAUGCAAACAAACGGAGAAAAAGAUAUGCUCGGCCUCUGAUAGAUCUACACAUGAAAAUAUAUCGUUACGAGGGAAUGGAGCCAUGGAAUCCAAAUAAGGGCACCAUUAGUGACGUGCCUGAAGGAGCCAUUAUCAUACGUGAACAUACAACAUUGAAUAAUUUGUUUAGUUGCCUAUGGUUCAACGAGGUUAACCUUUUUACGCCAAGAGAUCAAAUAAGCUUUGGAUAUGUCGUUUACAGGUUAGGAGGUCUUUUCAAAACAUUUAUGUUUCCGAAUUGUGAAUAUAACUCCAUCUUUAUUUUGCACCCGCACACUCGCGAGCAUUCAUCUAAAGUAGAAUGGGUAAAAUCUUUAGAUGAGUUUAAGGAAAACACUAAGUUGAAAGAAACUAGAGGAGGAUUAGGCUUAUGGACACCGUAUCCCGGGAACCUUGAUCUUGUUGUAUUACCACCUGUAGCCAGAACAUCGAAAGCAGGAUGA